CCUACCAGGCGUGAAAUUGAAAAGUUUAAAAGGGAUCUCUUUUCAACCACAAAGCACCAGCACGGAGUUAGAAGUGUUUAUUGCAUUUACAGGUAUACCCGCUGUAAGGCAGAACACCAUCAUGAAGGCAAUUUUAAUUUUGUGUCUUUGCAUUGUUGCAGUUCAUUCGAGAGCAGGAAGGCGAGACAGACCAGAUUUUGAUUGCGGUAGAUGGUGUAGAAGUGAUGGUUAUAAACCCGUAUGCUCAACAGAAAAUAAAAAUUACGACAAUGCCUGCUAUCUUGAGUGCAAUUGGAAGUACAAAGAAUGUGAUGGCAGAUGCCCAUGCUACAGACCAAGCAUACCAGACAGGCCAGAUCCUCGAGGACCAUUUUGUUAUUGUUCUAAGUACGACCCAGUUUGCACAAACGAAGGAACUGUAGACUGCGAGAGCAAAGCAAAGUGCGAAGGAAAGUAUGUUUUCUAUGACAGUCCAUGCAUGGAUUAAAAACAACGCAAGGAAAACACAGUGUGAAAUGAUGUUUUGAAAUGAUUUUUACUCAUUUUGACGUAAAUGUCUCAGAUUGUAUGUUUAUUUCUUAUUGUUGUGAAAUAAAGCCUGUGUAUCUUA